GCGCCCUGGGAUGAACGGGGCCUUCGCUCUGGAAGGCGAGGGUUCGGGCCACCGAGAUCGUGGGCCGGGGCGGGGGGCGCGCUCGGGGCGGCCGUGGAGCCCCCGAGGCGGGAUCGCGAGUAGCGGAUGAGGCGCGUGUGGGGCGCGGCCGCGGAGCCCGGCAGCUCGGGCGGGGGUGGGGAGCGGGCGGGGGCGCAGCCAGAAACGCCCGGGGCCUGGCCGGGCUGGGCUGGCUCGGGGCACCGUGGAAGGGAGGGACGAGAGGCGCCGGGCUGGGCGGCCUGGCCGGCGCACCUCGCUCUGGCGGCGCGCCCCGCCCGGGACUCGGGAGGAGGCGAGCCCGGCCCCGGGCCUCUGGACUCAGAGACCGCCCCUUCCCGCUCCCGGGCCGGCGGCGAGCGGCAGCGACGGCAGCAUGAGAGCCGGGGCGGCCCCUCCACGCCUGCGGACGCGCGGCCAGCGGCUCUGCCUCCGCGCGCCAUGGGGGCGCUGUGGGGCGCGGGCGGGCGGCGCCGGGGCCGGGGGCUGCCGCGGGGCGCCCCGCUGGCGGCGGCCGGCAUGCUGUGCACCGCGCUGGCCGCGUACGCCUGCUGGGGGCAGCUGCCGCCGCUGCUGCCCUGGGCGCCCGCCGCCCCGCCGCGGCCCGUGAGUGUGCUGCUGUGGUGGGAGCCCUUCGGGGGGCGCGGCGCCGCGCACAGGCAGCCCCCCGACUGCUGGCUGCGCUUCAACAUCAGCGGCUGCCGCCUGCUCACCGACCGCGCCGCCUACGGAGAGGCGCACGUCGUGCUCUUCCACCACCGCGACCUGGUGACGGCGCCCCCCGACUGGCCCCCGCCCUGGGGUGCCCAGGUGCGCGACGCGAAGGAGCUGCGCGUUCUAGACCAGGAAGAGGAAGCUGCGGGGGCGGUAGAAGCCCUGGCGACCCCGGGCCCCAGACCCCCCGGCCAGCGCUGGGUGUGGAUGAACUUUGAGUCACCCUCACACUCCCCGGGGCUGCGAAACCUGGCCGCUGACCUCUUCAACUGGACGCUGUCCUACCGGACCGACUCGGACAUCUUCGUGCCUUAUGGCUACCUGUACCCCAGGAGCCACCCGGGCGACCAGCCGUCAGGCCUGGCCCCGCCGCUGGCGCGGAAACGGGGCUUGGUGGCCUGGGUGGUGAGCCACUGGGACGAGCGCCAGGCCCGGGUCCGCUACUACCACCAGCUGAGCCAGCACAUAGCCGUGGACGUGUUCGGCCGGGGCGGGCCGGGGCAGCUGGUGCCGGACAGCGGCCUCCUGCACACGGUGGCCCGCUACAAAUUCUACCUGGCUUUCGAGAACUCGCAGCACCUGGAUUAUAUCACGGAAAAGCUCUGGCGCAAUGCUCUGCUCGCCGGGGCGGUGCCGGUGGUGCUGGGCCCAGACCGUGCCAACUACGAGCGCUUCGUGCCCCGUGGCGCCUUCAUCCACGUGGACGACUUCCCGAGUGCCGCCUCCCUGGCCUCGUAUCUGCGCUUCCUCGACCGCAACCCAGCAGUCUACCGCCGCUACUUCAGCUGGCGCAGGAGCUACGCCGUGCACGUCACCUCUUUCUGGGACGAGCCUUGGUGCCGGGCCUGCCAGGCCGUGCAGAGGGCUGGGGACCGGCCCAAGAGCAUACGCCACCUGGCCAGCUGGUUUGAACGGUGAAGCCGCCCUGCUCUGUCAGUGACCCAGGGAGGCCAGCUUGUGUGCGUCUCCUUGACAGCCGAAUCAUGGGACUAACUUCUCCAAACACCCAUUUUUGCUCUUUGGGAGAAAGGUGAUUUACCAAUUACUAUUAUUCAGUUUUGCACUACGCGCAGUUGGGUUUCCUCUGCUGUUGAUGGCCAGCAGUUUUGAGGAGUGAAGAAUGGGGCCUCUUCCUCACCUUAUACCCAGUGUAGAGAUGAAGAAAUAGGUGCAAGAAGCCGCUGGGGCGGAUUCUCUGAAUUUCUUCAUCUACCACAGGCCAUAUUUGCGGCCUGCACAGCCUCCAAAUCUCAAAUACACUGCUCCUCAGCUCACAUUCCCUGGACCAAGAUGAAGCAAACCCUGGUUUUAGAAAGAGCCUUGUUGCCUCCCAGGAGUUGAAGGACUGUUUCCACACAUAAGUCUUUUUCUUUGUUUGGAUUCCUCAAAGCCUUGGCUCCUGAGAAAGGUGAGGAGGGCGGUCCAAAAAGCCAUUGACUUUCUUAACAAGUACAGUUUGUUUCCCUUCCCUAUGAAUGGAAACAAGAUAGAUACUGGACCGUCUUUGGAGGGGAGUUAAGAUGAACUUGUGGGUGUACCUCAUACACACAGAAAUGUAUUCCUGCAAAGCUGCCUUAAAAUCAAAUCCCAAAUUCAGUGACCUAGGGACGUUCAGUAUUUAAUGGAACCCUAUGGAGAAUCCCUUUACAAUGUGAAUAAUCAUCUCCUAAUUUAUUCUGUUUUUAUGUUUUACUAUAACUUGGAUUUUUU